AUGACCCGUGGCCUGACCAGAAUCUUUUUUUCCUGCCCCUUCGAAGGCAACCACACAGGUUAUCGUCAGUUCAAGGGCCGGAGGACGCCCGCCGCCGAGAUUCGCGAGUUGUACGAUGGUCUUCGCCAAUCUUACCUGACGGACUUUGACGUCCUGCUGUCGGGCUAUUCGCCCUCGGCCGAAGUUGUCGACACCAUUGGCACCAUCGCCCGCGACCUCCGGUACCGCUCGGCCGUUCAUCCCGGGGGAUUUUUCUGGGUUCUGGACCCGGUGAUGGGCGACCAGGGCCAUUUGUACGUCAGCGAGGAUAUCGUCCCGGCGUACAAGCAGCUCAUCAAAGAAGCGGACCUGAUCCUGCCGAACCAGUUCGAGGCGGAACUUCUCAGCGGGGCGUCCAUUUCGAGCUUGAGCGGGGUGGCCAACGCGGUGAGGACGCUGCAUGCUGUGUACGGCACGCGGCACGUGGUGGUGACGAGCGUGAGGGUCCCUGACGGAGGGAAUGCCGAGGGUACCGAGGGUACCGAGGGAGAUGCGUCGCUGGCCGUCGUGGGCAGCACGAGGAGGCAAGACGGCAGUGCAAGGCUCUUCAAGGUCGAGGUGCCCGUGCUGGAUUGCUACUUCAGCGGGACAGGGGACAUGUUCGCGGCGCUGAUGGUGGCGAGGUUGCGCGAGGCCUGCGCGGAGAUGAACCUGCUGGACCGACCUUCGUGGAUGCCCAACGACGACGUACCGCCGGUCGACCUCCCGCUCGCCAAGGCUACGGAGAAGGUGCUGGACAGCAUGCACAUGAUCCUGGAGAAGACGAUGGUGGCGCGGGACGAGGAGAUGAGCAAGUUCGGGAGAAGUCCCGGCGCCAGCGUGGGCGGCGUCGAGGGCGAGGGCGAGACCGUGAGCGAGAGCAAGAGGAAGUUUCUGGCCGAGAACAAGGCGGCCGAGGUGCGGGUGGUGAGGAACGCACAGGAUCUGAUCCGUCCGGAAGGCCGGUACAAGGCCCAGGCGUUGCAGGUGUAA